CCCGCGGUAGCUGUCUAGACUACUACACGGACCCAUAUCUGUAACCAACCCACUACCUGUGUCAGUCACUCCAUCCCCUCCAAAUGCACACACCCACACACCCAGCCAUCCACUCAUAACCCAUGAAGAGCACAGCGGCACGGCACACACGAACGAAAGAUAGACAGACAGACAGACAGACAAAGAGGCCACCAUAGACACACACAGAUAAUCGACACCAACACAAUACAAAGAAAGCUUAAACCACCGAUCUGAUCAAAGCAUGCAUGUGUGUGUAUGUGUCGCUUCGUCAGCCGCCCAUCAUCAUUAGCAGGUCGUCUCCAUACUCACAGUCCGGCUCCCACAGGGCCGCGGAGCCCCCCGGCUGCAGAGGGGUGUCGCCCUCCUCCUCACUCUCCUCAUCGCGACCGACCACGCGACGGCCAUCCACCUCCUGCAUGCCCGUCGACGAGAACGGAUUUGCUGCUGCUGGCAAUGGAGGAGGAGCUGCCGCAGCAGCAGCAGCAGCAGCAGACGAAGACGAGGAGGAGCAUGGUAGCUCUUCUGGUGGUGGCAUGAGUGGUCCGACGUCGUUGUGGCCGAAGAGCAUCUCAAGGUCUUCGUAGGUGAACCA